CCCCAAGUCGCGUUAGAAGCACCGCGCGCUCUCCGUUCCGCGGGUCAAAACACGCGGUAUGUUGCAAAAAACACCCACGACGCUACAGGUGCCCUAAUCGCCAGCCACAUGAUAAAUGACAGUGUUUUUUCGACCCGACAGCCGCGCCCGACCAGUUGAGUGGUAGGAAAUAGACGAUACGAAUAAAUAAACAAAGUUUUGUUUAUUCUUUUUUGUUCUUUUAUUCUUCAGAGCUUCCUCACUUGCGUGCUUUUUUUGACCGUUACCAUACAUCAUGACAAUAAACUAGCCGGCGUUCACCGUGAAGUUUUUAAUAAUUGAAAAAUGUUCGGAAGAUUAAAAUUGUGAUAAAAUAGUGCUAGUAAGUGAUAAGAAGACUCCGAGUGAUGGUUUAAGUGAUGUGAUAAGGAACGUUUAGGCGAUGGUGCGGUUUCUAGUGACGGCAUGGCUUUCUGUACUCAUCCUGUGCUGCGGUUUAAGACAAGGAAGCGGUCAGGCGACGGACGUGGACGUCCGUUUGGUGUCACCCGCGUGGGUAGCUCGGGGCGGUUCAGCGACGCUGCGGUGUCUCCAUCAAGUGCCUCCACAGUUGUUAUACAAGGUGGAGUUCUUGAGGACCGGCACCAAGCUGCUGCAGUAUGUCAGGGAGAGGGUCCCGCCUUUUACCAGCUAUACUUUCGCUGGAGGAAGGGUUAAUAUGACUUUAUCAACGGAAAAUUCGAUAACUAUCGACAACUUGGACCCAUCGGCGUCAGGGCUCUAUUGGUGCGAGGUGUCUUUGGAGACACCCAUCUUCACAGCCGCCUCCAAUCCAAGACAGCUUACUGUUGUAUAUUCACAAAAGCACCCGCCGAUCAUAACGUUUGGUAAACCAGACGUGGUGGUUGGAGGGUUGUUACGAGCCAACUGCACGAGCGCGCCCGCUGCGCCCGCGCCUCGGCUCACGUGGUACAUUGACAAUGAAAAGGUCGACGAAGAAUCAGUGAAAUACUUCUCUUACCGGGUUUCAAGCUCCACCCGGACGAAGGGCGGCGGUGGCUACCGACAUAGAAAGCACCAACAUCGCUACAUAGCCCCGGAGUUUAACUACACGGCUAAAUACUGGGCUUUAGUCAGUGAGACCACUGUAGCCCCGCCGGUUAACGUGACCAAACAUCAUAAGUGCACUUUGAAGGAUCAGCAGAGCGAGGAAAUGGCUAAGAUACAAGAGCGGCCACGCGUGCCUCCCGCCAUCCCCAUCUCUCUAUGGGUCUCUAUAGCCGAGCUAAGGGCGCCCGCGCAUGGCAGGCUCCAACUGACCUGCACAGCCACCAUACCUGAUGAAGUCGGGCCCGGGGAGAAGUUCGCUGAUAUUAAGAAGCAGACUGUUACUGUGGCGGUCAACGAACUAAGUUUGAAGAAGCCACAUUCAGACACGAGCCAGGCAAACGCCACCUCAAGCUGUGUACAAAAGUACCCGUUCUGGCUUCUCGGCUGUGGUCUCAUUCUACGCGAAUUUACACUCCAAUUAAAUUGAAUGACUCCAUGAAUCUCGCCUAUCCCCGAUCAAAUAUUUUACCUGCGAAGCGGCUUAUAGAUUGUAGUUUCAAUAUUUCUUAGGUACCCUUUAUUUAUACUAUACAACUUUGUGUACCUUUAAGCUUUCUCGUCUCACUUUCAAGGAAUAAGGUUGUCCUAAAAACUUUGUUUUGCUAAAUAAAUGUUUUACAAUUAUACACCCUUAUAUUAUAUUUAUACAUCUAUUCUGAAGUUGAACAUUAAAAAAAUCUUGCUUAAGAUAAAAUAUUUUAAAUGAAAUCAAAUAUAAAUAUAAUUUCACUGUGUUCAUACAUUAAUGUUAAAAUGUAACUAGAGUUUAUUGUUAAAUUGUGUAUUAAUUUUAAGAUGGUGUUAUUAUUUUUAACAAUUCUACCUUCGGAUGUGUCUUUUUUCUUCCUGAGCUUUUGUACGUCAAUUAUACCUAUCUGAUCUAGUUACUACAGGGUUCCAAGGUUUAACCAAACUAUCGCUAUUUUUAUUACGAUAACGCAUUUAAAGGCUAUUUCUGGAUAUCUAUCUAACUGCAUUGGAAUAGCUAACAUGUUAAUGAUAAAUCAUAAAAAACAAUAAUUACAAUAAGGUAGAUAUUGAUCUCAUCUGUAAUACAAUGCUGUAAGUGUGAAAUUUCUCGAAAGUUCCAUUCAAUAACAUCAGAAUAAAUAACAAUAGAGUAAUAUUGAAUGUUCUGGAAUAUAAUUCUUUCUCGCUGCUGCUUUGAGUGUUGUCUUACCCCUAGAUUAAAGGUCAUCAUGAAAUAUUCAGAACUAAGUUCCCCAGAGUUUAAAAGUGCGUCUACGUUCCCUGUUCAUUUUGUUCUUCAAUAUUUAAAUUAGAUAUUCCUUUCCCAUUUUUAGAUCUAAGAUUUCUAGAAUAAUAGAAAAAAAUAUUUAUAAAACGAAUACAAUUUUGUUUUUCCUCGUUCGUAAUCAGAAUAUUUCAUGUUGGUAGGUGAUUUUCAAAGUGAGAACGUAUUUUGAGAAUUAAAUUAUUGUCUAAUAUAUUUCAGCAGAAUAUUUUCGAUAUGAUUAGUGUUACGCUGUAAAGCAGAGGUUAUGGUAUUUAAUCGUAAUUGCCUUGUGGGGGAGGACUUGUUUGGGGAACAAUCUGAUUAGCCCCUUCGGGUGAACUCGGCCCAAAUGAAAUUACACAUUGGGGAGGAAUUACCUCGAUAUUAAUGUAUGAUUGCGUUUGUCCGGAAAAACCUGUUUGGGGGCAAAUUGAAUUAAGGGUUCCGUGACAAGACUUCGUCCCCCUCAUUGGCGUUGGAAGUCUUCCUGCAGCUCUUUACACUGACUAUUGUAGAAAGUUUAUUUGUUAGGCUAAAAGAUGUGAUAAGUUAAGAAAAUGUGUAUAUUGAAGCGAAAUAUAUUUUAAAAAUAGAUUAAUUAUUUAUGUGCUAUUGUAUAGAUGAAAGUAUAUGAAUAAUUGUAAAAUAGAUACAUUUAGGCGUAUUAGGUAAAAUCCAGAAACGCUGAUAAUCGCUUCUAUUAUA